UGCACGUGCAAGUUGCUCAAACUUGGGUGUUGGGCACGGAUCAAUUAUCGUGAGAAUAGGACAGCCGUAUUAUCAAAAUUUUGGGAGUUAGGUAAGGUUUGCUUUCAUAUUAUUUGAUGUGACCAAGAGUCCAAGUAUCAAAGUCUCCCAGCAAAUCCAGGGGUUUAGAGGGACAUGCUUAUGGCAGCAUAUGAGUAGGGCCCUAUUCCAGACACCCUUAAAUACAUGGUAAUGUCCACAACAACAAUGCAAGUGCUCAAAUCAGUAAUUACCUUCAGAAGCUGUGGAUGAUGCCAAGCCUUAGAAGAUCUUGUAGCACCCUUUUCGUUGGAUUCUGUAAGCUCUUCUUCACAUCUUGUUGACAGCAAUGGAACUAGGUGUGUUUCUAGAUUAGGUUUAAAACCAUCCUGGUUCACUGUUCUACUAAAUAAAAGAGGCACUACAAGAAAGCGCCUUAUUACCGACCAAAAUUACCGACCGCCACGUGUUGUUUGUUGUUUGUUAUUAGAUGUCAUAUCGAGGAGAAAAUUCAACCAUCCGCAAUCGUUUAGGUGCACGUGGUGGUCGUGAAGGUGGCCUUGGAGGUGGCCAUGGAAGUGGCCAUGGAGGUGGUCGUGGAGGUGGCCUUGGAGCUGGUCCACGGGUCACCCAACACACACAUGAUACCUUUGAUGAUGAUGAAACUCAAGGUCCAGACUCUCAAGAGUUGGUUCCUGAUUCACAAGAAUAUGAAGAAUCUGAGAAUACUGGAGUGAUUUGGAUGGCACCGGGUGAACUUUGGUUUGAUCAUAGUUCCAUUUCCCGGGAUAUUACUAACGUCAUCCAGCAAUAUUUCAAGAGUCCUUGGACGUGUUACACCCAAGUUGACAAGGAUACAAAAGAGCAUUGGUUCACCUUGUUCAAGAGAACCUAUAAAUGGUUGCCUGAGUUUGAUCACCUUGCUGUGCAUGAUUACCAUGCAAAUGCAUUCAAACGAGUCAGGGACAUGCAUUACCAGGUCACAAAAAGAAUGAGUGGGAGGAAGCCAGUUUGGAUGCCUGAUGAAGUGCAUGCAGAAAUGAUGAAGUUUGUGGAUGUUGAUGGUGAAUUCAAGAAAAGAUCUGAGCGGGCCAAGAAAAAUAGGAGAGGGGGUUCAUUGACCAACAAGGUCGAACCCUCACAUUUCCAAGGUUCCAUUUCAACAACUGAGGCUGCAAAGAAGAUGGCAAAGGAAAAUGGAGGUAAAAUGCCUACAGCCGGUGAAUUGUACUUGAAGACGCACACGAAGGAGGUGCCGGGUAAAGGGAAAGUCCUUUGUAGUAGCAAAGCAAAGCAAAUCAAGGAAGCAUACGAAAAGAAUGUUGCUGAAUGCCGUGAAAAAGGCAUUAAUAAAGAUCCCAAUCAAAUCUACUUUGAGACAGUAGGUGGGAGAAAAAAGGGAAAAGUUCCUGGUCUAGGGAGUGGAGCAGCUCUAUAUUAUGAACCAUCUACUAGAAGGGGUGGUAGUUCUUCUAGCUCAUACACUCCAUCUAUGUAUUCUCAACUCUCAGCCCGUUUGGAAGAAACUCAACAACAGCUGUCUCAAAAAUCCAUUGAGUUUGAAACAACAAAAGCUGAGAUGAUAAAAGCUAUGGAUGAUGAGAGACUCCAGAGGCAAAGGGAGAGAGAAGAAGAGCGAAAGGAGAGAGAACAAGAGCGACUAGAGCGUCAGAGGGACGUCGCCGAGUUGAAAAGGACAAUGGAGUCCUAUGAGAGGAUGUUCAGUCAGUGUUCUGGUUUUCCUUUCUCGCAGUCGCAGGACCCUCGAGAUCCCAGUGGCGGCGGGAAACCUUUGUGCUAGGUAGUUAGUAUUUAUUUAUGAGUUUGAACUAAUUGUGCUAGGUACUUAGUAUUUAUGUAUGUAUGAGUUUGAACUAAUUGUGCUAGGUACUUAGUAUUUAUGUAUGUAUGAGUUUGAACGGAUUGCAACAUGUUUAACAGGUUUGAACUAAUUGCAAUAUGUUUAACAGGUUGGAACAUCAACAUGAGUUUUGUUGGUUGAGUUUGAA